AUGCUGCAGCCGCCGAGCGCGCUGGAGCUUCCGGCUGAGCGGAUUCCACUCCUCACCGAUCCGCGCAUUCCUACGCGCCCACAUCCGCACUCCCGCCCGCCGCGACCUGCACCCAAGCCUGUAUCCUUCGCAGACCCUGUCGACUAUCUUACCGACUAUCAUCAUCUCGAACUCGACGAACUGCACGACAUGGUCAGCAGAACGAAAGGGUUCUUUGUACGCGACUGGAGCCUUCAUCUAGGCUGGAAUAAUAUGCGUUACAUCAUCGAGGCAGCCUUCAUUCAGGCGAAGCUGUUGAAUCGCACACUUGUACUCCCUUCGUUUGUGUACGCGCGUGCUUGCGAGUACGACAUUGAGGUAUGCGCGGACUUCAUUGAGGUCGUGAAUAAGACCGAGGCGCUCCAUACCGACCAAUGGGCUGCGGUGCCUCCAGAACAACAGAUGGCCUUCCGGGUCCCCAUUUCACUCAUGCUCAAUAUCACACGCAUGCGCGAGGUGCACCCAACCAUCCUGACAUCCGACUACUUGCGUCUACACGACCUUCCAGCAUCGCUCGAGGCAAGCGAUGGGAAUUGGCAGCGCGUUGCCUACCACCAACAUCCGAACAUGUUCGCAUCACCGGAACAUCCGCGCAAUCCCUCUCUAUUUGUGGUAGCAAACAGAUGGUACGACGCUGACAAGACGAUACGCGUCGAUCGUCUCUCCGAAGACAUGAUCCCCCGAGGCGGUUGGGUGCAGGGUGUUGGCUCAGGGAACGGUACUGGUGGACAUUGGUCGGAACAAGAGGAGACGGACAUCUCGAAGAAUCUGCGCGGAAGUCUCAACUACGCUGGGGUCGUGAACUGGCCUGCCGCCGUUCACCGUCUGAAAAGAAUGGAGGUAGCUCAGCGCUAUGAUCUCGAUAAAGACAGCGAGGUCAUUGCCGCGUUGCAAGAGAACGGCUGGGAAGCUGUUCACACGUUUGAGGCCGUGCGCAAACUGGAUCUGGCAAAGCCUGUUGUAGAACCCAUACUCCAGGCAGUACCCAGAUCGGCGAUUCACCCUUGGAGAGAAGAGUAUGAGCAUAUUGAUAGCGAUGUGCUCCUUCUCGCGGGAGAGAUCCACAACGGGCGCAAACCUGGCUCAAUACGGUUCACUACACGAGAGGCGCUCGAAGAGUUCCAGCAUUACGUCCUUCACGAUAUGGUGCCUAUUAAUGCCAUACAAGGUCUUGCCGACCGGAUCGCAGGCCGUAUGCGCGAGCGAACCCAGGAAAGGCUCUGGAUGGGUGCGCAUAUGCGCCGAGGUGACUUCAUCAUUGCCGGCUGGGUUGUUGACAAGGACCCGGAGAAUCACCUCAAUACAGUGAAGAGCCACCUUGAGUACGGACGCAACUUCCUGGGCGGCAUUGAGAAAGUUCAGCCGUAUACGGUCCCGGACAUCGAGCCCAACCUCUCCCUCGUCUUAAACGAUGCGCCGCAUCCGGGUGAUCCUUUCUAUUUAGCCACGGACGAGCGCGAUCCGGAUGCAUUGAAGACUUUCGCCGAGGGUGGCGCGUUAAGACUUGCCGAUCUGCUGACGAUGGAUGAUCAGCGUGAACUCGGAUGGCCGUUGAUGCUCACAGACAUUCGUGCGCUCGUCGAUCAGGAGGUUCUUGCGCGCUCCGCGUACUUCAGCGGUUCCGCGCUCAGUUCCGUUGCUGGUGGAAUCAUCAACAUGCGCGCAGCGCGCGGGGCGGACAGGCGAACAGCAUACAUUGACUAG